AGCCCACCAUGCCUAAGUCAAAGGUGUUUCCGCCCAUUUUAUUUCGCCCCUUUUAUUUUGUUUGGAGCCCCUGGGGUCGGCACCCUCCAGCCUUGUCUCCGAGGGCCUCCACAAGAGCCUCCGCUUCCGUGGCCUUUGGCCAACUUUCAAAAUUGAAACUAGAACCCAGGCCCAGCUCAGCUUACAAGGUUCCUCCUGCAGUGCCCCUCACCCGCGGGAACCAUUGCCCAGGUUGGUGUCAGGGCGGGCCGGGUGUGCGUCCAUCUGCCGGGCAGUGGGGCCCGCCCCUGUGACGAGCGCUCCCAGAAAUGAAACCAGACAGCAGUCAAACACUCCAGCAGGGGCCUCGCCGUCCGGGACUCCUAGAUGCCAUGGCCCAGGCCCAAAACCUGCCUCCCUGGUUCGACUGGUUUCUGCAGACACAGAUGGGUCCGCUGGCACAUGGAGGCAUUCCCACCUGGUUCCACGGCGCCAUCUCCAGAGCGGAUGCUGAAGACUUGCUGGCGUCGAGGCCACUGGGGACCUUCCUGCUCAGGGUCAGCCACAGCCACGUGGGCUACACUCUCUCCUACAAAGCCCAGAGCGGCUGCCGCCACUUCAUGGUGAAGCUCCUGGAUGCGGGGGGCUUCCUGAUCCCUGGGCAGGAGACGGUGCAUGCCUCGCUGGCCUCCCUGGUGGCCUUCCACCAGCAGCAGCCCUUGUGGCCACACCAGGAGCUGCUGACACAGGCCUGCGGACAGAAGGAUCCAGGAAACGUGGAUUAUGAGGAUCUGUUGCUUUACUCCAAUGCACUGACUAAGAAAGCCUCUAGGCCCCCACUGGUCCCCAGCCCACGUCAGAAUCCCCCCUUCUGCCCUCUGAACGCACCUAAGAAGGUAUCCCCACGGCUGGAGGACGGGACGCAGCGGGCAGAGGCGGCCCAGGGACCAUGGGAGGAGGCCGCAGCCGCCGAGGGAGCCCCUGGAGCACGUGUGGAAGACGCCUGCCACCGACUCUGGAGGAACCUGAAGGCGCUGCCCCAGGCAGGCAAGAAGGCGCGGUGGCAGCGGCUACGCGACCUCCCGCACAGCCAGAACGUCGACACAGACGUCUGCGUGGUCCCCCGGACGGCCCGCUGGGCGGGGCCCGCGGUGGGGAACAACGAGGAGGCCGGGGUCCCUGAGGAGUAUGGCCGACCCCCGCCCUUCGCGCCCGGCUUCUAGGGGCCACGGCCAGCCCGCGCCCGAGGCUGCAACGGGCCUCGCUGUGCUCCUCCACGAGGGGGCGCUGCGGCCCUAACGCGAGGUCGGGGACGGCGGGGCCAGACUCUCCUUCCAGGUCAGUGCCCUGCCUCGGCGGGGGUGCCUGGGAACUACAUUCUGCACGUUUCGGA